UAGAUCCGAGUUACUUCGAGCAAUUCCUCCUGGCAAGAUUUUUACUGACUUGCUAGAGGACACUAAGAGACUACAACAAAAAUUAACUCGUCAACACAUGUCUUUUGCUACUGCCCACAUGGUAGAAAACACUGCUUCGCCCAGAGAUGCGGCUCGCCUUCGCUCUCUAGGUGGAAAAGGUGCUGGCUCCUGGCUUAACACGAUUCCAGAAUCAGCAAAAUUCGCACUCUCACCUUACGAAUUCCGUUUGGCGUGUUUGCUGAGAUUGGGUCUAUCUUUGCCGGCUGUCAGAUGGAUUGAGCAGUGUGAUUGUGGAACUGCAUUAGACGAAAUGGGAUACCACUUGCUGACUUGUAAGAAGGGUGGUGGGCCUGUUUGGUCACACGAUUCGAUAGUAAGUGAAUGGGAUGACUGUUUGCGGCAGCUGCAGAUUCACCACAAAAAGGAACCGAGGGACAGAUACAAUGAUAGCAACAACAGACCGGACAUCGCUGUCUUUGAUGUUGGCUCUGGUGCCAAUGUGGAACUAGAUGUAGCCCUUUCACAUCCAUGGGCAUCGGACAUUGUGAGUCAGGCUGCUGAGAAAGACGGGGCAGCAGCAGCAAGAAGAGAGGACAGGAAGACAAAAAAAUACAGUGAGCUAAAGCUCGCUGGAAUGUCUUCAAUGAGAUUUGUUCCCCUCGUCAUGGAACACUUUGGUCGCUGGGGUGAAGAAGCCACAAAGUAUCUACAGGAACUAUCUCGCCGAUCACGUGAUGAUGCUGAAUUGCAUCUGGUGCUGGGGCUGGCUCAUCCGCUUGAUUUCUAUUUUUUCCUGUCAAUAUACAAUUCAACCGUGUCCAUUACAACUGACGGCAGGAAAGGCUUGGAGACCAUGUUUCCAAAUGUAGGCUUGGUAGUUGGUCCGUUUGACGUGCAGUGA